AUGGCAGCGGGUAACAGGGAGAUGCGUGCUCCCCUUGCGGUGAUCGCCGAGCCCAUUGGCAUCGUAAACAUACAAAGAUCGAACUAUAAAGGAGAUGUGUCAACUUGCAAAGCUGGUAGUGUGCAGACACCAUUGCAGGAACUGCGGAUUCAUCCAUGGCAGCUGUUUUCGGAAGUCGAAGUUGGCGAGAAGCAGUCGAAAAAGAGAAAGACGAUUUGGCCCGCGGAUCCAGAGCAUGCAAACAAGCUCAUUCUUAUAUUUGCUAAGGCCUGGUUGGACAUGCCCUCUUCGAUUGUUGAGAAAAAUCCGCAAAUCCACUGGACGCAGUUGCUUAAUGCUGUUUCGGGCAAGGAUCCCUUGAUUAACGAAAUACCUUGGAAAUUAGCGCAAACGAAGUUUAACCAAUACACUGUCGUUGUUCGCAAGGAGUUAGCACUGUCUCAUGACAAUUUCAGUGAUCCGUUGCAAUGUGAUUGGUACCAGACUUGGAGCGAAGUUUUGAAAAGGCUUGACCGUGUUCUUGAUGAGAAGAGAAGGCUGCGAGAAGAUAAUCAAGAACCAUGCAAGGUCCUGCAAAUUGCCCUGCAUUGUCAAUCACGGAGGAGAAGCGAUGGACAACAGUUUGAAUCGAGGGAGCAGGCGGUCAAACAGAGAGAGAAACUUGUGCAAGAGCAAGAACGGAUGAUGAAGAACCGGGAGCAGGCUGUUCAGCAAAGGGAGGCAGCGAUCAAGAACAGAGAGAAGGAAGUGAUCGGGAGAGAAGAGACCGUGAACUACCUGCAGCAAAGGUGCAAAGAGCUAGAAAAAAAGAUCUCUAGCAAGGAGGAGGAGGUCCAGAAGAAGGAAGAAGGAGUGCGUAAGUCUCAACAGGAAGUUCAAGAGAAGUUAGAGGCUGCGCUCAAGGUGGAAGCUGAGGUGAAGCAGCGAGAGGAGGCAGUAGCAAAGAAGGAACAAGAAGCUCGACAGAAAUCUGGAGGAACGGACUACAGCAUGCGUGAAAAGGAGCAAUUCAUGUACAUGAGGGAAAGGGAGUUGCUGAUGAAGGAACAGAUGAUGUAUGGAAGAGAGCUCGCGGUCAGCAAGAGAGAGCACACAGUCCAUGAGGUGGAUCAAAAUUUGCGCAAGAAGGAACAAGAGCUCAAUCUCAAAGAGAAAUAUGUACAAGACAGGUUGGAUGCAGCGAAGGAAAUGGAACAAACAGUCCGUUCACGAGAAAUUACCUUGUACGAUGAAAGGACAAAGCAUAUGCAGACAUUCAUCGAAAACAAGGUUGAAAAAGAUCGUGAAGAGCGAAUGACAGAGUUUGCAAACUUUGCUCUGGUUGUCAAGCAGAUGAUGAGAGACGUUAUCAAAGAAAGUGCAGAGAGAAAUAAGGUUGUUCAUGAACUCAAAUAG